CUUGCCGUGGUUUGACCGUCAGUGAAUGAAAGGUGGAAGUGAUGCAAUGUGUCGAUGCACCUGUAACUCCCCCUCCCCUCCCUGGACAGCGCACACGUCGACCUGGUAGUAGGCUAUCGAGCAGCGGGACGCGCGAGCCUGGGUGGAGCAGGGCAGCGUCGCGUGCUGCAGAACGCAUUUCAGUAGGUCGUUAACCGCGCCGCGCGCGGUCUGGAUGCAGAUGCGGGUCGGCGAGAGUAAGCGCGAGGCAGAGGGGGGAAAUGGCGAACGGGCGCGGGCGGCGAUGAGACUCGUGAGGAUACACUAGGCAGAGAACCCGGGAGCGGAGGCAGUCAGGCAGGUAGCUCGAGGACACGCAGUAACAGGAGGAGAAAGAAGGGGGGGUGAACCAUGGAGGACUCGGAGCCCGCAGAGGACGGCUUGCUCGCGGGCUUGCGGUGGAACAGGAGCGCACGGGACCAAGCGCAGCUCAAACACAAAAUCCGGGAUCUGCCGGGGCUGCUCAAACACGGGCUGCACCUGCGGAAAAAGAGCCAAUCACCUGACACUAUACCUGGACCGAGCACUGGAUCUGCAGUACACAAGUCUUGCUCCCAGAGUUUUCCCUGUGCCGGUCGAUCCGUGAGGAAUGCCUUCCUCUCUCAUGGACCGUACCCGGCCAAAGACAAGAUACACCUGGCCAGAAUCAUACGGCGUAGCUAUGUGGGAGUAGAGCUGGUGCAGUGGCUGUGUGAGCAGUGCGUGUACGUACGCUGUCGGACUACUGCUGCGCGUGUCUGGCAGGUGCUGCUGGAGCUGGGAGUCCUGCUGUCUGUGGACCAGCGGGUGGUGUUUUCAGACUCCAACACUUACUAUCAGUUCAGUUUUGAAGAGUGCGACUCUGCCUCCUGUGAGUUUCGUGCCAAUGAGGCGGAGUGGCCAGAGGCUGUGAAGCUCCUCCUCCAACUCGCUCCAUAUGUCCAGUUUCGCUCUGGUGGUGGGGCCAAUAGCCCGUCAGAGGAAGACUCUGAAGGUAACAGGGACAUCUGUAGUGAGAUCCUUCAGAUGAAAGCCCUGGAGAGGCUUACUUCUACGGUACAAAGUGAGUUGGCAGCUGCUCUGGCCAGAAAGACUCGCAAAGCUUUAUCAGAGCAGGACUCUGAGACGACUGAAACGGGUCGCCAGGAAUCUAGCACCCCCAGUGAGGAGAGCAGCCCGCUGGGCGGGAUGUGUGCAUUGCGGGAUGGGACUGGAAGUGGCGGCGGCGGCGGGAUGGGGACCGUAUGCGCCCGGGAGGAGCUCACCAGCCGCUUAGGACUGGAGGCUGUCCAGCGGCUGGCGAAAGACGGCUGCCGGCUGCUUCAGAACCACAACUACCGGCUACCUGACAGGAACCAGGCGGAAGCAGUGGGGAGGGUUUGUCUCAAGGAGAGAGGACGGGACGUAUUAGUCUUGCGCAGAGUAACCUCAUCAGUGACGUCCCCGUCCGACAGGCCCUCACCUACAUCGUCGGGGGGCGUGUCCAGAGAGGACGACUGCAAUAAGAGGUACGUGGUGGUGUCGGGAACGCCACUCAAGAUCUUGGAGCAUCUGCUCAGUGACCUCCGACUGGACGAUCAAAGAGGAGCAACGGAGAACAGAGAGAGCGAAAUGCUGCUGGAUGACUUCCUGCUGACCUACCUUGUGUUCAUGUCCACUAAUGACCUCUGUCAGGCGCUGCUGGGACAUUAUAGCAGUGCACGCUGCAGGGGCCAGGAGGAGGGCAAAGACGCCCUCUUUAGAAAGCGCAAAGUACUGCGGCUCGUGUCCCACUGGAGCAGGCUCUAUAAGGACUUCCUCAAGGAAGAGGAGCACAUCAGGAGCUUCAUGAAGACGCUGUACCGGUGUGUUUUAGAGGAUCUGUAUGAGUUCCCCUCGCUGGAGAAAGACCUUAAAGAGUUUCAGAAACUUCUGCGUCGCAGACACACGGUGGACGACUGCCCUCCCAGCCAAAAGAGUAAACAAUUGUACCAGCAGAUGAGCUUAAAGGAGAACAGUUUGCAGCUUCGCAACUCGCAGACGGAUCAGAGAGAGGUGCUAUGUUGUGUGUACGUGAGUCCUGACUCCUACCUAAGUGUCCACACACACCCUUCUCUGGAGGCUCGGGAGUUGCUGCGGAUUGUGAGUCUGAAGCUCGACAAAGCAGAUGAGGACAUGGUGCUGGCCGUUGUCUUACAGACUGGAGAGCGGAGAAUGUUGCAGCCCAGCGACUGUGUCUAUUCAGAGUCUCUGACCCCACAGGGAAAACUGGUGGUCUGUCGCAGGGAUCUUACUGAGAUCUUGCCUCCGUUAACAGACAGUGCGGAGUUGUGCAGGAGGCCGGUUCGACUCUUGGGCAUCAACACCUGGGACGUGGCAGCAGCGCUCACCCACCUGGACUGGAGCCUUUUCAAAUCUAUCCAUGAGCAAGAGCUGGUGUACUACACUCUGAGCCGUGCUCCUGGCUCCGGCCAGACGGCGGCGCUCUCGGUCCUCCUCCAGCGCUGUAACGAGGUCCAGCAAUGGGUCAUGUCCGAGGUGCUCAUGUGUGUCUCCCUUAAUAAGAGAGUGCAGCUGCUGAAGAAGUUCAUCAAGAUCGCAGCUCACUGUAAAGCCCAAAGAAAUCUGAACUCUGCUUUUGCCAUUAUAAUGGGUCUGAACACAGCUGCUGUGAGCAGAUUAAACCAAACAUGGGAGAAAUGCCCAGGAAAGUUCAAGAAGUUAUUCUCAGAGUUGGAGCUUAUCACGGAUCCUUCUCUGAACCACAAAGCUUAUAGAGAGGCCUUCAAAAGGAUGAAACCUCCCAAGAUCCCUUUCAUGCCUCUUCUCCUAAAAGAUAUCACUUUCAUCCAUGAAGGAAAUAAGACUUUUCAUGACAACCUGGUUAACUUUGAGAAGCUGCAUAUGAUUGCAGACACAGUGAGGAUGAUUCGCCACUGCCAGAGUGACCAACCAGGCAAUGAGGUGAUUGGGGUGGACAGCGCAGAGGUGAGGGCGAGCGUUCACUACCUUCACAUCAUCGACAAUCAGCAGACACUUUUCGAACUGUCCCACAAACUGGAGCCGCGAGCUUAAACAUCAGCGAAGCCGACAAAGUGGGAGUGCCAGCCUGUGUGACCGAUGGGGACUCUCUGUACAGCCAGCCGUCACAUGUACACUGCAGCAAGAUCACACGACCAGCAGCGCUAACGUGUCCUCUCAACACCGUCCACUCUCAAAAGGCUUUCUUACACUGAACCGUGUGCUUGUAAACGAUUUUUAAACUCCACACACUCCCUGGGAACCUUCUACAGACACCUAAUCAGUGCACGGAGAUGAGGAAACUGAGCGGAGGGAGGGUCAAGGAGGCUGUGAUUAGUUUGUACAGUACCUAAGAGGCUGAGUAGACCUUUGUUUUGUUCUCGUCAUCAGUUGGUUCAGGAUCCUGUUAAUCAGGUGGACUACUCCUUUAGUUUUGUAAAUGUUGCUGUUCCCAUUGAGAAUCAUCAAAGACUUGAUAACCGUGUCCUCAUUUCAAACCCAAAAGCAUUAAGAGUUUCUUUUUUUUUUUUUUUAGCUAAAUGUGCAUCAUAGAUUGUUCAAUAUAUAAUUUCAAUUGCAUAACUCACAGAUAUUUUCAUAAACAUGCCAUUCCUGCUGUACUAUUUGUGGGGCCAUUUUGGUUAUCGUGCAGGAAGAAGCUAAUUCCCUGUUCUGGUUUUUAGAGCCGGAAACAGCCUUCUCUCAUCUCUAUGGUGUUCUAUUGUGAAUAUAAAGGAUUAGUUAGCUUUGUACAAACCGUGGACCUAACACUUCUCCGUGCCAAACGUUUAUGUUGAGUGUCGCAGCCUGGCUGCUCCGCAGGUCUCCUGUUUGGUUUGGAAGCUCAGCUUUUGUUUGCCCUGUUAGAAGCCCUGGCAGGAUGUCUGCUCCUUGAUCGUGUGAAGCCAAUCUGAUUCCUUGCAGAGAUUGCUUUCUGUCUUUGUGAUGACUGACUUCAGGGGUU